AACUGCGAGAAGUAAACAUUUACUGGUGACAGUAAACGAGCAAAAAGUCUUGAUAUCUGUUGAUACGUAUACAAAGAAUAAAGUGUAUCUACACUACGGUGCUUAGAGAAUUUCGAAGUGAAUCCAGAGAAAAUUAAAAUAUCAAAAUGGUGAAAGCUCCAGCAAUUGGUAUUGAUUUAGGAACAACUUAUUCCUGCGUUGGUGUGUGGCAACAAGGAAAAGUGGAAAUCAUCGCCAACGACCAGGGCAACAGAACGACACCCAGCUAUGUUGCCUUCACAGAUACAGAGCGUCUCCUCGGGGACGCUGCCAAGAACCAGGUGGCCAUGAAUCCCAACAACACGGUCUUCGAUGCCAAACGCCUGAUCGGCCGCAAGUUCGAUGAUCCAAAGAUCCAACAGGACAUCCAGCACUGGCCCUUCAAAGUUGUCAACGAUUGUGGCAAGCCAAAAAUCCAAGUAGUCUUCAAAGGCGAGAAAAAAACGUUUGCCCCGGAAGAAGUGAGUUCGAUGGUGUUGACGAAAAUGAAGGAAACGGCAGAGGCUUAUCUAGGCACUCCCAUCAAAGAUGCAGUCGUUACAGUGCCAGCUUACUUCAAUGAUUCCCAGAGACAGGCAACCAAAGAUGCAGGUGCCAUCGCUGGACUGAACGUGAUGAGGAUCAUAAACGAGCCCACCGCAGCAGCCCUAGCUUAUGGCCUGGACAAAAACUUGAAAGGCGAAAGAAAUGUGCUCAUUUUCGACCUGGGUGGUGGUACCUUUGAUGUCUCCAUUUUGACCAUCGACGAAGGAUCUUUGUUCGAAGUGAGGGCGACAGCAGGGGACACCCAUCUCGGUGGAGAGGACUUUGAUAACCGUCUAGUCAAUCAUCUUGCAGACGAAUUCAAGAGGAAAUUCAGGAAGGAUUUGAGAAACAACCCUAGAGCAUUACGUCGCCUACGAACAGCAGCUGAAAGAGCCAAGCGAACACUAUCAUCCAGCACAGAGGCGACGAUAGAAAUUGAUGCCCUCUUUGAAGGCACAGAUUUCUAUACCAAACUCAGCAGAGCCAGGUUCGAAGAACUGUGCUCGGAUUUGUUCAGAGGGACCCUAGAGCCUGUUGAGAAAGCACUGAACGAUGCUAAAAUGGAUAAGGGACAGAUCCACGAUGUUGUUCUAGUAGGAGGUUCUACGAGAAUCCCUAAAAUUCAACAACUCCUGCAAAAUUACUUCAGCGGAAAACCGUUAAACCUCUCUAUCAAUCCUGAUGAAGCUGUAGCUUAUGGUGCAGCUGUACAAGCCGCCGUUCUUAACGGAGAAACCGAUUCCAAAAUCCAAGAUGUUUUGUUAGUUGACGUCACACCACUGUCCCUCGGCAUAGAAACGGCAGGAGGAGUCAUGACUAAGAUUAUCGAACGCAAUUCCAGGAUUCCUUGCAAACAGUCUCAGACCUUUACGACUUACGCAGACAACCAGCCAGCUGUAACCAUCCAAGUAUUUGAAGGAGAACGGGCCAUGACGAAAAACAACAACCUCCUGGGAACAUUCGACUUGACCGGUAUACCACCUGCACCUCGCGGUGUUCCCAAAAUUGAAGUGGCUUUCGAUCUGGACGCUAACGGCAUCUUGAACGUAUCGGCCAAAGACACCAGCUCCGGAAAUUCCAAAAACAUCACCAUUAAAAACGACAAAGGAAGGUUGUCUCAGAAAGACAUUGACCGGAUGGUUUCCGAAGCUGAGCAAUACAAGGAAGAGGACGAACGUCAAAGGCAGCGCAUAGCAGCAAGAAACCAGUUGGAGGGUUAUGUCUUCCAGAUCAAGCAAGCUGUGCAGGAUUGUGGGGAUAAGCUGUCUGCUGAAGACAAGGCAACUGUUGAACGAGAAUGUGAAGACUGUCUGAAAUGGUUGGACAACAAUUCGUUGGCCGAGAAGGAGGAAUAUGAGGAAAAACAGAAGCAAAUGACCAGAACCUGCAGCCCGAUAAUGACCAAAUUGUAUGGCGGAGAAUCUCAGAAUAACCAGCCUGGUGGAAUGACUGGACCUGGAAGUUGUGGUCAGCAAGCGGGUGGAUUCGCGGGAAGACAAGGACCUACGAUUGAAGAAGUUGACUAAUUAUUUGAAAGGUUGAAUGAUUUUGUACAAAGUAUUAUACCUUGGCUAAAACUGUGAUUUUUUCAAUUAAUUUAUUUUAUACAGAAAUAAAAAACGAUUUUGUUA